AUUCAGUCAAGAAAUAGCGUUACUUGGAUUAAACUGUCAAAAAGUAUGAUUAUUAGUAGUGGUCAUCAAAAUUUUAAAUAUGGCAGUACACUAAAAUACAUGUGAAUAUAAUUGUACACUAAUAAAAAUAAUCUUAUGAACUGUAAAGAAUAACAACAAAUUACAUGAAUGGAAUUCAUAAAGUGUUAUAAAAACAUCAUUAUCAUUGUCAUCAUCGGUUUGUACAUGCAACAACGAAAACAUCAACAACAGCAUUUGAAAAGAUAACAUUUCGAUUCAUUUUAUAUGUUCGAUUAUGUGGACGGGUUGCGAACGAAGUUCAUCACGAGCCAUCGAAACAACCAUUAAUGGUAAUGGCAGUGGUGGAGCUGCUGGGAUUGGCGGCGUUGUCGGUGGUAGUUGUGUUAAUGUUGGAGGUCCCGGUAGCAGUCAACACGAAACUUUGGCUGACAUCGAACAUAUAUCAACGAUAGCCGGCUCAUUGGUAUCAAUUGGUUCAAUAUCACACACACAACCACGUUAUGGAACUAAUGAUGCUGGCUAUGAUACGGAACACACAUCGCUUAAUUCGGAUUUCGAUGAAGCGGAAUUACGCCGAGAGUUAUUGAGAGAUAAAUGGAAACUUUUAUUUGAUAUGUUUGAUCCCGAAGGAUUUGGUGAGAUUACCGUAGAUGAGUUUAUAAAUGCUUUAAAAUCACCAGAAUUUAUAUCACAAGUGCCUAUGAAUAAACGUGAACUUUUAUUGGAGAGAGCAAAAAAGGCUAAAUUACCCAUUGGACCGGGUUAUAUAACAUUUCAAGAUUUUGUUAAUGUGGAAUGGCAAUUGCCAUUGACAGUUAAAAUGUAA